UGUUGGCAUUUUUGUUUUUAAGUAAAUCUUUUGUGCUAAAACUAAGUGUAUAGAUGUCUCGAAACAAUGCCAAACAGUGCCAAAAAGUCAGACGGCGCCAGCAGCGCCAGCUCAACGCCCAAGCGAGCGCGAAAGCGGCGGCGUGUUGACCGACAGAGUCUCGACUCUCAGGUGGACGAUGAUGCCAAGGAAAUAGAUCGCCGGCUGCGGAAGGUGGCUCGUGACAAUUCCAUUAGCAGCGAGGAUAUGCAUAGGGUGGUUCGCAGUGUCGUUCGCAAUGACCACGUGCUGGCAUUGGUCACCCUGAAGGCGGAGGAUGAGCUAGCCAGGGAGCGGCUGGAGUCGACCGAGCAGCAGAAACGGGGCGCCAUCAUCAUCACAGACACCCCCUCGGUGGCCAAGCUGACCCGUGCCAAGGCGAGGGAGCUGAAUUGCACUCCGAGCAUUAGUCUGCCUUCCCUGAACGAUUCGCCGGUCGACGCGAAUGGAAUAGAGGCGCUGAUACGCGACGAUUUGCACUCGGACGAGGAGGAUGAGGAGUAUACCUUCAAGGAAGACGACUUUCACGAGUCUGACGAGGAUCCAAACACCACAGCCUCUGACAUGGACUCCAAUCCAUGCACACCAAACACCCCGCUCACUGGAACUGAAGAGUCGCCUGUCAAGUUCUCAGACGACGGCUGCUUCAAGGUGCCGCUUGACAAAAAUAUUGCUGGAAAUGAAGAUCUGCGCAUUGCCACGCGUACGCGUUCCAAACUAUGUCUGCAGGAGACGACAAUCGAGGACCUGCAGUCGGGAUUUGUGCCGCCUGAUCUGGAGCCCAGUGAUAUAGUCGAGCCCGACAUGACGGCCACUGAUGCCGACUGGAUGCAGUUCCUUAACGAUUUCACAAAGCCUUUGAAUAAUAAUUUUCUAGGUGAUGACGAUGAUCUCAUUGAAGAUCCAGAGUAUGUGGCCGUUGACCACAUUGAUUCGGAGUAUGAAAACGCCGAGGAGUUGCGUGAUGUCAAUAUAUCCAAGAAGGAGCUCACUGACCUGGUGUCCGAACUGUUUGCCGGGCUCCUGCAGGAGGGAGUAUCAUUCGAAUCCGUUGAACUGGAGACCCCACAGAAAUUCCUGGAUAGCGCAAAUAUUUCGGUUGAUCCCAUUGACCAGGUAUCGCGGCAUAUCAAUUUUGAUGAGCAGCCAGCCAUGACUGCCUCCCACCAGCCCGAACUGGAUGCCUUUCGACCGAGUGUACCCUGUACGGAUAAUAAUAUGGCCAUGCUAAUGCCCGUUCCCGUUGCUGUGCCGCAGGAUGGGGAUCCGAAUCAGUCUGUAGGGGCUGGGAGUCUGAACAGUCCCUGCAAGAUUGUGAAUGUGCCAGCAGAUGCCUUAAAUGAGCCACCAGAACUGAUUGCCGUGCCGCUGGCUGGUCAACCCAAUUGCUUCCAGCUGGCGAAGGUCAUUGCAAAUGGUCCACUGCCCCUCUACAAUCCUUCAGAGCAAGAUCCCUUCCUAGACUACGCUGACACAGAGACGUCGGAACCGCCCACAUCAUCUAAAUGCAGCAAGGAUCGUUACAUGAAGCCAUACGAUACGAACUUCACCUGGGAAUACAUAUCGGUGCGCAAGCACGUCUACGCGGAGUACGAUGAACAGUUCGAAAAUCUGCGAAGUAUCCAACCAGCCCCUCCCAUUGCACGUGGCAUGGGAUUUACACAGUAUCAGCACGAUACGCUGCAACAGCAGCUGCGUAUUCACACUCAACUGCUCACCCAGAGCUACCUUCAAACCUACUCGCAUCCCACACUCUAUUCGAUGGCUAAGAAGCCCAAGGAAUUGCUAGAGAAUCUUCAUCAGAGGGCAGCCACAGACGCCAGCUUCAAUUGCACGAACCUGAAGGAAGCCAUCGAGCUGGUCCGACAGUGGGAGCACGAUCUCAAUAGCGACGACUUCCAGGAGGAGAAUAAAAAGAUGAUGGACUUCAUCAACAAAGAGACUGACUUGACCGGUGGCCGAACGCGGCAGGUGCCUCGGCUUGCGUCGAGGAUAAUGGAUCUCAUGCUGGACAGUCGAGUAUUCAUGUAUCCGAAAUAUCUUCCACGCAUGGCCUUCAAACCGCGCAUUCCGCACAUAACCGCGUGGGCUCCAUACGAGUACCAACUGAUAGCCAUGGGCCUGGAGAAGCAUAUGACUGACAUUAAGAAUGCCAAGAGACCGCUGCGUAAGAGCGCCGAUCCUGUGCGCAUAUCCUGCAAGCGUAUGGCCAAGGAUUUACUGCAUGGCAAAUCGGGCAGAAGAAUUUUCUUCAAGGUCAUUGAGCUGCGCGAAACAUAUCAGUAUAAUCCCGUCAAGUAUUACUUCGAUCACGAGCGGGCGCCGCCCAUCAACCACAUACUACUGGGCUUCGACAGAGGCCAAGUGCUGAUCCCGCGCGAACGCUACCAGGAGCUGCCCAGUGCCUGGCAAUACUACAUGCAGAAAACGUGGGAAAAGAAGCGUGCCAGGCGCACCAUAAAGCCAGUCAAGGCCUCAGCUGAAGCCAGUGCAUCGUAUAUUGAUUUUGUGCGCGAGGCAAUCGGCGAAGAUUUGCAAUUGCCCGAGAGUCUAGGCGAGGCUGCCAUCCCAGACGGGGGUGCCACUGUUUCAGCACUCGUAGAGACACCAAAGAAGUCUCAAAGGAAGCCAAACUACGCAGCGAAAAAGAAGGAUCGCCAAUCGUCCUUGCUGACCAUCAAUGUGAACUAUGUGUUUGGAGGCGGCACUGAUACGGACAUACAAGGAGCUGGUGUCUCCGUUCCCUUCCAGCAGGGAAACUUGGCCGAGAAUGUGGUGAACAUUAAUCGUACGCUACACACCAGCGCGGAAUGCAGUCACGUUCUGGCUCUGCCUUCACCACCGCCUCCCUUGGGCGAAGAUGCACCACCUGCCAUCAACUACACGGUGGAUGCGUUGACGAAUUCUCUGAAGAGAAACGAUUCUGAAAACUCCAGCGAGGUAGAAACUACGCAGCAGGGUCUGUUGCUUACUUCCUCGACAGGCCACGAAAGCAUCUCCCUGACAGGCACAAGAACAGGAUCAGGCAGAAACUGCAAAAAGGCUCGCUAUCAAAUAUUUAAGCCAAGGAUUCAAUCCCGCAAUAAGUCGCGUUCCAGCUUAUCCCCGCCACAGAGUCGCUACCACAGUUUGCACAAACGUUUGCGCCAUAAACUGCAGAAGCGCUGCCAUCACCUAAUCACCAACUACGCAUCCUACCUGCAAAAGGAAACCGAAAAGUACGAGGCCUGCGAGCCUGUACAGCUCGUCCACAGACACUUUCUGGCCCUCGAACUGUACACACUGAUGCUCGGUGACUUGAAAAUGCUGUGCAACAAUAAGGUGCAACCCUCGACAUCGACCUCGACGCAGCAAAAACGAUCACGAGACGAUCAUGAAACGGCUCGGAUUCGCAAGGCCAACCGUCAGGAGGAACUUCUCCGGCACAUGCUGCAGCCAGAUGGAUCAGAAGAGCAAAACCGCAACGAUGCCAUUUUUGCCUAUAAUUUCUAUGACAAAGUGGAGGAGGCCUUGCUGAAUGCGGACCGGGUGGAGGAUUGCAAGAAAUUUAAUAAAUUGCUGCAGACCUUUGAUCCCCAGCAUGACAAAGUGUCCGAUUUAUAUCUAAAAGUGGAAAAUCUGCUCUUGCCCGAUUAUCCCGAAUUGGCAGAGGUAUUCCUCAACUUUCUGCUACCUGCGGAGGCCGCUGAGCUGGGGAAGUUCUUCCAGCACUUUAUGAUCAGCAAUGCCAGCAAUUUUAUCAACAAACUGAAUAUAUAUUUUUGCAAGCAACCCGCCCAGAUAAGAAAGAUCUACGCCUGCCUCAGUGAGCUGGCGGAGCUGCCCAGUGUUAGCAUGAAGAAGGUGGAAAAUAAGAUUAUGCCCUUGCUCAAGGGCAACCAGUUUCUGUGCGAUUGGUUUGUGCGGCAAUUCCCUCAGGGCAAGCCCCCAAAACGAAUGAUGCCCCCUGUGGAGACGUUUAAUCUGCAUGAGAUGCAGCACAACACAACCGGCGAGUAUACAGAGACGGUUCACGAUUACGCGGACCCUGUUACGCAGCCGAAGCCACCAGCAGCAUGCAGAUUGAAGUACAUCAAUGGACGCAUGUUCUAUGGCUCCAAAAUUCUGCUACCCGCCAAACUCUCGUUCAUGGCUGCCAGCAUCUACAACGAGCAAUUGCACGAUUUGCCAGCAGGUUCUGUCGAUGCCCUGACCUGUGUCCACGGCAUUCGGACACACGGCGAAAAGCUGCUGAGCCUGGCCACGUCGGUGGACAGCGACGAUGCGGCUGACCGGAGUGAAGAAGAUGAUGCGAGUCGUGGCCUGAUCAUUGACACAACUGGCGAUGAGCUGAACAGUAGCUCCUCCAUCGAGAUGUGCGACGAUCUGACACUGAAAGCUCAUGCCGUGCGGCUGAAUGCCAGCCUCUAUGGCAAUCAAAACUUUGGAGCCACCAGUACGCCCAAUGCCAGCCAUUCCCAGGGCCAUCAUCCGAAUGCCAGGAAAACGGCCAUCAACUUUGGCGAAUUGUCGCCACGCAAGCAGGCGAAUAGCUCAGGGCUGAGUCCGUUGUCGGGCUUGUCACCGCAUCUGGACAAGCGGAAAUCGCCCACAAAGAAGGUACGCUCUCCACAGAACCAGACGCAGCCUAAACCUCGCUUAAAUGUUACGCCCAUGGUGGUUAUCCAUGAGACUCGGCCCCCACCCUCGCCAGCCAUUGAAUGUGCCAAACGCUUGCGAACCUUGAUUGACCAGGAAAGUGCUCGAGACUCCACCGAUAACAAAGCGGGUAUCCGCGUCAUUGCCCAGGCGAAGCAGAAGCCAACAGCCACACUCUCUGUGCCCAAAGUGGAGCCCGACACUCAGGAUGAUCGUGAGUUCCUGUCGGACAAUGGCGGCAGCCUGCCCCGCUCCCCGCAGUCCUUUACCCCCGUCAAAAUGGACUUGGGACAGUCGGAGGAGGAGCUAGAGCCGCUGCGGGUGAGUGCUGGCAAUACUCCCCAGCACGUGAUCACGACGCAGUUCGACAGCGACGAGGACUGCAAACUGGAUGUGGUGGCCAGUCUGGCGAAUUUCACAACCGCCGAAGAGGCCUCCGCUGCUGGGUCUCAGGCCACAGUGGCUGCCAGCACAUCGAAACCGGCAUCACCACCUUACAGUUGUACCAAGUCAUCGCCGUGGACGCGCGAAGAGGAUAAGGUAAUUCUAACCGAAAUGAAAAUGGGGGCACGUGAUCGGGAGCAGCUCAUUAGGCGGAUGCGCGCCAAGCUCAAGCAUCGAAAUUUCAUCGAGCUGCGCACCCGACAUCAGUUCCUCAUGGACUUUCUGUCUAAACUGCAGGGUAAGUAGGGUAACGAACGCGGCUCUGUGUCUUGUAUUAUAUACUCCAAACUGAAUAAUUAGUUGUCUCAACUAUGAUUAGGACUAGAAAGGAGCCCACACCUAUGCGGGCUCUCCCUAAGAUGAGUUUCCCCACUAUCGUUAAGACUGUUAACAUUCGUAAAUAAAAUGUUUUUUAAUAUAAAUCGA